AUGGCUGACAGCUCAAAGCCAUUUCGGGUCUUGAUUGCUGGCGCCGGCAUUGCAGGCUUGGCCACGGCGAUCUCACUUACACGGAUCUCUGGUAUACCAGACCUUGACAUCCAGCUCUAUGAGCAAGCCCCCGAGCUGCGGGAAAUCGGAGCCAGUAUUGCCCUGAGCCCCAACGGUUUACGAACGCUUGAGAAGCUUGGAGUAGACUCUGCCCUGAGUGAUGAGGUCGGCUUCAGAGGGCCAAGUGGUAUACCGCAUUUCUAUAGACACUGGAAAACAAAUCAGGUGGUUUCAGUCGAUACUUUCUCCAAUGUCUCUGAUCGUCGCCAUCAAACGACAAGAUUUCACCGAGGCCACCUCCAUGCUGCCCUUUUAGAACACGUUCCGAGAGAAUGGAUACAUCUGAACAAGAAAAUCUCUCGCGCUGAAGCCAACGACGAUGGCGUUUCUCUAUAUUUCGAAGAUGGAACCAGCGCUCAUGGAGACAUUUUGCUUGGAGCAGAUGGGAUCCGAUCGCAAGUCAGAGGCUCUUUCUACCCCGAGUAUAAGCUAAGAUUCAGCGGGAAAGUCUUUAUGCGAUCCACGUUUGACGCGUCUCUGGUUGAGGGCAAAGUUCUCGACUUACCCGCCGAUGCUGCUCACUGGUGGGGAACCAAAGAUACAUUCUUCUCUUCAAGACUUGGCAAGGGUUUAUAUACUGUCGUCGGCGCCUACGAUGACGGGCGCAGUGCCGAAGAACUGGAAAAAUCCAUAACAUGGGACCAAGCCGGCAAUGUCCAGUUCUUGAGACAGAAAUACAAGGAUUGGCACCCCGUUGUCAAGACUCUGACCGAGCUGACGCCACACGCCCGCCUUUAUCCCAACUACGCAGGCGAUGCUCUUCCUUCAUGGAUCCCAGCUUCCCGCGUCACUCUUGUAGGUGAUGCCGCGCACACACAUGGAGGCAGUUUUGCCGCAGGUGGAUCACUGGCUCUCGACGACUCCCUUGCUCUUGGACUGGCUUUCAAGCAUGUCUUCUCACCCGGUGCAGCUAUCGUACCAUUAUCUCAAGAAAAUAUUAGAAGGGCGUUGAGUUUGUAUGAUCAAACGAGGAGACCGCAUACCGCUCGCCUGCUGAGCAUCGUCCAUGGCCUGAUAAACCGAACGGCGCCGACAUUUGCCACUCCCGAGGAAGAAGACGAGGCUCUCAGGGCCAGAAUGCGAAACCGACCGGAUCUCCAGUGGCUAUCCGAGCACGAUGUGGAGAAGGCAUUUGCCCAGGUGGUUGCGGACUCUGAGAAGCAGGGUUUGUACUCGACAGAAGGAUCAAGGACACCGAGAUCAGGCUAUCUACCAGAGAUCGCCUUGCGAGCUUUGGAAAGCAAACUAUAG